UCAUAAUAUUUUGUAUGUAUUUUAAUAAUCUAUAAUCCUGUUCCCUCUAGAUAUUGAAGUUGCCUGUUAUGGCUAUGAGGGUAUUGAUGCAGUGAAAGAAGCUCUGAGGGCUGGUCUGAGCUGUUCUACAGAGAGCAUGCCCAUCAAAAUAAACUUGAUAGCUCCUCCUCGGUAUGUGAUGACCACUACAACACUGGAGAGAACUGAAGGCCUUUCUGUCCUCAGCCAAGCAAUGGCUGUCAUUAAAGAAAAAAUUGAAGAGAAGAGGGGUGUCUUCAAUGUGCAGAUGGAGCCCAAGGUGGUUACUGAUACUGAUGAAACUGAGCUUGCAAGACAAUUGGAAAGAUUGGAACGUGAGAAUGCUGAAGUAGAUGGAGAUGAUGAUGCUGAGGAGAUGGAGGCAAAAACUGAAGAUUAAACUGCUUGGGAUGAAAGUAUAAGUAGCAGUUACACAUACACCAAACCAGUAAGGACACCUUCAAUUAAGAGGGUGUCUAGUAUUGAAACUCCACAAGAAAAUACUUGAAAUAUUUUCAAGUUUUAAUGAGACCAAAUUUUGAAGAGACAAUAAAAAUCAUCUGCAGUGUGUUGAUUAAUCUCCUCAAAGAGGGAAGGUGCCUCUGACUGAAGGCUUAAUUUCUUUCCCCCCAAUAAACUAGGCAUUGUCUAAAUGCUGUUCUUAAUAUUUUCAUAUCUAACAAGUCCAGGCUGGAAAACCAUUCAGUAUGUCUGUCAGUGAGGUUGUAGGAAUUAAACCAAUACUUCUUCACAGAUUGUACUCCAGCAAAUAUUCAAUAAAUCUCAUGGAUAUUUA